AUGUAUCAAUUAUUGUUUAUUUUGACAUUCGUUGCACUGUGUUUACAUGGGUUGGCAAUAUUCUGUUUGUGCAAGAAUAAGAAACAAAAUAAAAACCAGAAAGUAUUAUUGAUUAAUCUGAGCGCAACAGAAGUUAUUACUCUCCUGCUCAAAACUAGUUACACUGGUAUGGCGAUGGCAAUACAUAAAGUGAAAACAAUAACAGAGCAAGUCGCAGAUUUAUUGUUCAUGAUUUCGUUUUACCUGUACACACUUGCAAACUUUUUGUUGCUCUUCGCCAUGUUUUUUAUCAUAGCAGAUCGUUUUCUUUGCAUUCCUUUGCACGUCAGAUAUAAUUACGUUGUCACGAAAAUUCGAUUGAUGAAAGUCAUAAUUGCAGCUUGGAUUGUUAGCACGAUAAUAGGAUUACCCUUACUUUUUUUGGACUUUCAUAUAGAGUAUUUCAUAAUUUUGAUAGUUCUAAAUGUAGUUUAUAUUAUCAUGGCUACAGUGGUUUAUGGUAUAAUUUGUCUCUAUUUAAAAAGACGAAGAAAAACAUUCCAAGCAAAAUCCAAGAUGGAGAAAGUUACAAAUUCUAAACAAUUUGUCGUACCAUUUUUGAUCGUGAUUACUUUCAUCAUUUUUUCAUCUCUGCCGAGAUCUAUUAACCUAUGGCUGUUAGUGAUGGAUGGUCAAACAGAAACUGUCACGUUUGGCAUUCUUAUUGAAAUUUUGUUGAUCUGUGGUUUCAUUGUUGAUCCUCUGAUUUACGUUUUCUUCAAUAAACCACUAAGAGAUGUAGCGCUCCAUUACCUCCGUUGCAAACGUUUUCCUUUAAUGGCUUCGGAUAAUUUAACAGUAUUACGGAACAUCGCUGUUGUUAAAAGUGAUUCUUUAAAUCAAUCUACACCUUCUAGUGUGGCGUAA